UAGCCUCAAAAGGAAUGGAAAAGUUUCUAUUCUUAUAUUUCAGACCAUAGGUAACAUUUAUAAUUGGACUUGACCUAAGGUCAGUUAGUUAAGUGGAGUUAGUUAUAAGCAGAGAAUGGUAUAAACUAGAUUAAUACCCGAUUACCUCCUAAAUAUGCAUCACACAUACAAUCUUGAUUUUGGCCACGUAAAUUGUUGACAAGCUCUUUUAGGAAUACAAACUUUCUGAACUCUGUUACUUCUCCAAUCAAAUUAGUUAUUUAAAAUUAGUUAAUUAAAACUAAAUUUAAAAAAUCAAUUUUUAACCUAUUAAUUAAAAUCAAAACCAAAUUUAAAAAAACCCUCAUUUCAAAAGCCACACUUCAAGUCUUCACUCUUCAACGGCUCUUCCGGUCUUCCCCUCUUCGAGUCUUCGCCUCUUCUCCUCUGCCUCUCGCCGGAGCUUGUCGGUGGUUCGUCGGACCUCUCGCUCUUCGAGUCUUCACUCUGAUUCGCGCCUCUGUCUCUCUGCCUCCGUUCCUCGACCUCCCAUUCUUGCCGCCGGAGUAUCUCUUCUUCAAUUGAGUUUCAGGAAAGAUAAAAAGGUUCAGAUUUUAAAAUCUCUCGGUGUUGAACUCUUCAUUUCAAUGGACCCUGCUUUUCUCAUUUUGCAUAUUUACCGGGAAAAGGUGUUUUGCUACCAAGUCACCAUACACUAACCUUUGCAUCAUGAAGAAAGAUCUCCGGACUUUGAAUCUCACUUUCAUUUCCCUUGAUUGGAUCUGCUCUUAGCCACAGCCUCAGCCUCAGCUUGCCCAUAGAUCUGUUUAUCAAAAGCAUCUAAUGGUAAAGACAUCCAAGAGUUUUGUUGAAGCACUACAACACAUUCUCUCUUGUUGGAAAACGUGCAAACAUUGUGAAGCUUGUUUCCCUGUCUGGUAUUGUGAAGUAAUGCGUACCCGGAUAAAACAAGGGUGCCAGAGAAAGAAGUGGCUAUGCACAAGUUCAACUCAAAAGUUAUGCAGAUUUCAUAUAAUCCAUGUCACCCCUUCAGGCUUAUAUCAUUUCUUCAUUGUAUCUACACCAGCACGACAUCUCAUCAAUCCAUUUACCAUUCGAAUCAGCUUCUUAAUGGGUUGUCAAAAUCUGGUCGAGUGGAUGAUGCCCGGAAAUUGUUCGACAAAAUGCUCCAGAGAGAUGAGUAUACUUGGAACACCAUGAUUUCCAUUUAUGUUAAUGUGGGAAGAUUGGCUGAGGCAAGAGAUAUUUUUUACCGGUUUUCAGGAAGAAGUUCCAUCGCAUGGUCCUCCCUCAUAUCUGGGUAUUGCAGAUUUGGGUAUGAAAGUGAAGCUUUUGAUUUGUUUAGGUGUAUGAGGUUGGAGGGUCAGAAUCCAAGCCAAUACACUCUGGGAAGUCUUCUGAGGGCGUGUUCAGCAUUGGGUUGGAUCAAAAGUGGAACAUUGAUUCAUGGGUAUGUGAUAAAGAACGGAUUUAAAUCCAAUGUGUAUGUUGUUACUGGACUGGUUGACAUGUACGCCAAGUGCAAAUACAUUUCAGAAGCUGAGUUUCUCUUCAAGGGGUUGUCCUUUGACAAGGGAAAUCAUGUACUGUGGACUACCAUGGUCACUGGUUAUGCUCAAAAUGGUGAUGGCUUUAAGGCAAUUGAGUUUUUUCGGUACAUGCGUAGGGAAGGGGUUGACUCCAAUCAGUUCACUUUUCCUAGCAUAGUGACAGCAUGUUCAGCAGUUUCAGCUCAUUGUUUUGGGGAACAAGUGCAUGGUUGCAUUAUAAGGAGUGGUUUUGGAUGCAAUGUAUAUGUUCAAAGUGCAUUGGUUGAUAUGUAUGCAAAAUGCGGAGAAUUUAAUAGUGCAAAAAGAGUGUUGGAAACUAUGGAGGAGGAUGAUGUUGUUUCAUGGAACUCUAUGAUAGUUGGGUGUGCAAGACACGGGUUUGAAGACGAAGUUCUAGCCUUGUUUCAAAAGAUGCAUGCAAGGAACAUGAAAAUUGAUGAAUAUACAUUCCCAUCUGUCCUGAACUGUUGCGUAUUAGGACUUAUAGAUUCGAAAUCUGUUCAUUGCUUAAUAAUCAAGACAGGGUUUGAGAAUUAUAAACCUGUUAGCAAUGCUCUUGUUGACAUGUACGCCAAAACUGGGAAGCUAAGUAGUGCAUUUUCAGUAUUUGGAAGGAUGCUUGAGAAGGAUGUUAUCUCAUGGACCUCUCUUGUCACAGGCUAUGCACAAAAUGGCUUGCAUGAAGAAUCCCUUAAAACUUUUUGUGACAUGAGAAUUGCCGGAGUCAGUCCAGACCAAUUUAUUUUUGCGAGUAUUCUGAGUGUCUGUGCAGAACUGACUGUUCUAGAAUUUGGUAAACAAGUGCAUGCAGACUUUAUUAAAUCAGGUCUUAAGUCAUCAUUAUCAGUAGAUAACUCUCUUGUGACAAUGUAUGCAAAAUGUGGAUGCUUGGAUCAUGCUGAUACUAUUUUUAUUUCAAUGCAAGUCCAGGAUGUAAUUACUUGGACAGCUCUUAUUGUUGGUUAUGCACAGAAUGGGAAGGGAAGAGAAUCCUUAAGAAUUUAUGAUGCUAUGGUUUCAUGUGGUACAAAACCAGACUAUAUCACAUUUAUAGGAUUAUUAUUUGCUUGUAGCCAUGCCGGUCUUAUGGAAGACGGUCAUAUAUAUUUUCAGCAAAUGAAUAAGGUUUAUGGUAUAAAACCUGGCCCUGAACACUAUGCCUGUAUGAUUGAUCUUUUUGGACGCUCAGGAAAGCUUGAUAAGGCAAGAGACUUACUAGAUAAAAUGGAUGUGGAGCCAGAUGCAACUGUAUGGAAGGCACUCCUUGCUGCAUGUAGAGUGCAUGGGAACUUGGAAUUAGGUGAAAGAGCAGCCACGAAUCUUUUUCAUUUGGAACCAAAGAAUGCAAUGCCUUAUGUUAUGUUGUCUAACAUGUAUUCCGCAGCUCAUAAAUGGGAUGAAGUUGCAAAAGUUCGAAAGUUGAUGAAAUCAAAAGGAAUAGUUAAGGAGCCUGGAUGUAGUUGGAUUGAGAUCAACGGCACGGUACAUACCUUCAUUUCUGAAGAUAGGGGACAUCCAAGGGUGGCUGAGAUUUAUUCCAAGCUUGAUGGAGUUAUAACACGAAUUAAGGAGGCUGGCUAUGUUCCUGAUAUGACUUUCUCUUUGCAUGACAUGGAUAGAGAGGGAAAGGAGGCCAGUCUUGCUUAUCAUAGCGAGAAACUGGCUGUUGCUUUUGGAAUUCUUGCUUCUUCACCAGGUGUCCCAAUUCGGAUUUUCAAGAAUCUCCGAGUAUGUGGAGACUGCCAUUCUGCUAUGAAAUAUAUAUCAAAAGUUCUGAAUCAUCAUAUAAUAUUAAGGGAUUCAAACUGCUUUCAUCAUUUUAAAGGAGGGGAGUGUUCUUGUGGGGAUUAUUGGUAGGAAUAGGAUUUUCUUUUGUCCUCGUACAAAUCACUCAUGCAGCUUCAAGGGGAACUUAUACAUGUAACAUCUAAAUCUUCUAGAGCUUGUCUAUUGUGAAAUUGUCAUGAUGAUAUUUUGAUCAUUUACCCCACAACGAUCCUACUUGUACACAAUAUUGUUACUUCAUGGACAUUUGAAUCACUUUGGUUGUCUCAUAUAUCUUAAAAAACAGAAGCACCACUACAGUAUAUUGUCCUGCAAGCCCGCGGUGGUAGAUAUACUGUGAAACCUGGUGAGUCUCUGUUACAUACCCUGGAGAGAGAGAGAGAAUGCUGAGUCAGCAACAAAGGCAGCCAAAAAAGGAAAGAAAAUAAUCCUUUUACCUUAUCAUUAUUCUAGAAGAAGCAAUAAAGAAAAGGUUGGAAUAAUAGGGAAGGAGAAAUGUAUAAUCAUAAGUGAUAAUAAUUGAUGAUUGGAUUAGUCAGAUCAGAGAACUAGGGAGGCGUAAUCGUAGGAAUUGAAUGCUAAUUAUGAUAAUUAAUUUGAGGGAAUGCAAUAAAAGGAGGAGCUGAUUAGAUGAGAGGUAGAAAAAUAUUUGGAAAGGCCUAGACUAAGAGAGAAGAGGACUCUCGAAAUUCCUCUAUUAUCUUUUACUGUUCUAUUGUAUUUAUGUAUUUUCAUUAAAAUAAAUACCAUUGUAACAACUGUAUCAAAGUGCUGUUAUUCACAUUGUUAAGAUAAUCAAACAUUCAAACUCAAUAGUUCACUUAAAUUUUGUGGA